UCCGAACCAUUCUUGAUGAGCUCAAGACUCCCAUGUUGCUACUCCGAAUCAUGCGCUGCUUUUAACACCCUUUUCCCUUUUCUCUCUCUUCUUUCCCAUUGUUUCUAAUUUUCCAUCUAACUUUUUUUUUUGUUGAUAAAACCAAGAAAAUGGGUACAGCCUAUUUUGCUGUUUAUGAAGGGAAAAAAGGUUGAUUUUUUUUAACAAUGCAGAAGGGAUAAAAACCAAUCAGUUUGGGCAAAUAUGGUUAAGCAGAUUUAGGCAUUGCUUCUGUAUAAAGUUAUAGAGAUAUAUAUUUUAAUUAUAAAUGUCUGAUUUGGUUGCUCGGACGGGUCGGCAUCAACAGCGGUAUGAAGAAGGUUAUCGACUCAUUGCUGGGUGUAUACCAUUCAGGUUCAGAGAUAUGGACCAGAAUGGUGAUGACACAUCUGAAAAGAUAGUGGAAGUACUGAUGAUAAACUCAACGAGCGGGCCUGGUCUUCUGUUUCCAAAGGGAGGGUGGGAAAAUGAUGAAACAGUUAAAGAGGCAGCUGUUCGUGAAGCCAUAGAGGAGGCUGGAGUUCGUGGGGAUAUAGUGCAUUUUUUGGGAUACUACCCCUUUAAAAGCAAAACACUUCAAGACGAGUUCAGUCCAGAAGGUCUGUGUAGAGCUGCCAUGUUCGCUUUGUUUGUUAAGGAAGAGCUUGACUGUUGGCCAGAACAGAGCCGCCGGAAAAGAAGUUGGCUGACAAUUCCUGAGGCAAUUGAAUGUUGCCGGCACCCAUGGAUGAGAAAGGCCCUUGAAGAAGGAUUUUCGAAGUGGCAUGAGGAUGGUAUGGUAAGCACCAUUAACAACAACGAUGACUAGUUUUUCUCUUUAGUCCUCCCUUACCAAAGACUGAAGUUUUUUUAGAACUUUAACGGGUAGAAACAACUAUGAAGUUGGAUCUUAUGUCAAACUAUAAAUCUUCCAAAAAAAGUGACAUGGUCACCAUGUUUUGAUAACUUAUUAUCUGGUUCUUGCUUUCCAUGAGACUGAAGGUGAAUUAGAAAGAAAAGAAACAAGAAAAUUAUCCCCAUCUUUAUCAUUUUUUUGCUAUUGCUAAGCUA